UAGGUUCUUUCAUUCCUUCCACCAAGCGCUUCUUCGAUUCUUCGAUCCAUCACCGAUAUUUCGUCCAGGCAUCGAUCGAUCGGGGUUUCGGAAGCUCCAUUCCAGCAUUUCCUCCCAGAUCGCCGCUCGCUAGGCUAAUGAGCUUGUGAGGGUGUGAUCCAUCGGUUCCAGUGCAGGAUGAACGGAUUCAUAGGCAGCGAUGGGGUCGCCGCCGCCGCCGGUGCCGCCGCUGACGCCACCGCCGCCACGGCUGGAUGCUCUGGAGGUGGGGCAGAGGGGCUCCAGAGGCAGCUGAGCCGUGUGUCGCUGUGCGAAUCGGAUGAGGAAGAUUCCAAGCUUGCCGAGGGAUAUUUGGGGCCUCUGGUACCGCUCAGGGAUCACAUCGAGCGCGACAAGGAUGAUGAGAGCUUGCGACGCUGGAAGGAACAGCUCCUGGGUUCUCUCCCUGUUGAAUCGUUCGAUGAGCGACUGGAGCCGGAGGUCAGGCUCAGUUCCCUCACAGUGAUCGUAGAGGGGCGACCCGACGUGAUUGUUCCAUUGCCGCUGGUUCCAAAUUCGCGGGGCAGCUCUUUCAGCUUGAAAGAAGGCACCAGCUACUGCCUCAAGUUUACAUUCUCGGUUCACCACAACCUCGUCUCGGGCCUCGUCUACUCGAACACCGUCUGGAAGAAUGGCCUGAGAGUCGAUCAAACGAGAAAAAUGCUUGGAACUUUUGCUCCGCACCAGGACCCGUACACACACACGAUCGAUGAGGAGACGACACCGAGCGGGAUCCUUGCGAGGGGAAAUUACUCGGCCAAGAUGAAGUUCCUCGACGAUGACAAGCGAUGCUACUUGGAUUUGAGCUAUUCGUUUGAGAUUCGAAAAGAAUGGGAUUGAAAUAAAGCUUAGGGUUUCUAAA